CGGUUCCCAGCUUGACGUCAACAGUAUAAAGUUUGUCGGUCCUCGUCAGCGCUAACAGAAGAAGAGAGCUUUCUUCUCAAUAUUGACUGCUUCGUCAAUCCUUUAUAGUUUAUCUUUGGGUAAUUCCAGUCAAGGAAACGGUUUCAUCCAGCUUUACCAUGAUGCAGCUCAGCAGCGACACGCAAUGCAACAAGCACUCGUUGCUCAACGUUAUGAACCGGUUCAUCGCCGCUGCCAACAACAUGGACGAGACUAUCAUGGUGCCAAGCUUCCUGCGGGACGUGCCUCUGGAGGACCAGGAUGGCCAAGCCUCUGUUAGUCCCAAUAACAACGAGCCUUCUUUCCCCAGCAAACAGAGGGACAUGUAUGAGCACUAUCUGCUGCUGAAGUCAAUCAAGAAUGACAUGGAGUGGGGCCUGCUGAAGAGAGAGAUGGGUGGCAGCUUUCUAGAGAUGACCGUGAAGCAUGAAGAACCGCAGGUGAACGGAGGAGCUGCAGAGGAAGGUUCUGACCUGGAGGGCCAGUUCCACUACCACCUUCACGGACUGUUUGCUGUUCUAUCCAAGCUCACGGUCCAGGCUGACCACCUCACAAAUCGUUACAAGAGAGAAAUCGGUGGAGGAAGCCUGUUGCGAUAGGAUUGAUUGGUUUAGAACUAAAACGAACUAUUCUUGAACCAUUUGACUGGGAAGUGACUGGGUGGCAGUGGACCUAAAGUGCUUCGGAGUCCCCUCUGCCAUCAAAAAAGGGGUUUCUUGCCCAAGUUGGUUGUCCUAUGGCCUGUAUUGGCUGUAUCUGGUGCUUUUCAGGAGUUUUCCUCUAGACACUAAAGGGCUGUGAGAGUAAUUGGUUUUUACACUGACCGUUUCAGCAGCAUACAUCUAUUCCAAUUAGACUUUAGUUUUGGCUUUUGUUUUAACCUCUGUAUGCCAGGUCAGAAAGCCCUUGAAUCAUUUAAAGUUGUAGAAGAAUGUGGAUGCUGGUAAUUCAAUUCUUCUAUUAGCCAGCCAAUGCCUUUUUAAAUGAGGGGAUUUUAUGUAUUAAUGCUGCUCUUGUGCACUUGUCCAUGUAAAAUGGCGUGCCUUGUUUUCACUUCCCAAUUGUGCUGUUCUAUGUGUGCGUGUCAUGCACUGUAUCAGUUUGAGCAGGGCCCAUAGGAGUUUGUCUGCCACUUGUCUUUAGUUUUCCUGGCUUGUCCUAAAAGAUCUCAAGUUUUAUAUCAUGCUGUAAUAUAGUGACUUAUUAAAUAAAGCAUUAACUUAAACUGUA